AUGACGAUACCCCGGUGGUGUUAUACUUUGAACAUCCAAGAUGGAGAAGCCACUUGUUACUCCCCAAGGGGGGGCAACUAUCACAGCAGCUUGGGCACUCGGUGCGAACUGUCCUGUGACCGGGGCUAUCGGCUGAUCGGCCGGAGGUCUGUACACUGCCUGCCAAGCCGUCGCUGGUCCGGAACGGCCUACUGCAGACAGGUGAGAUGUCCCGUGCUGCCCUUGAUCACCAGUGGCACCUACAGCUGCACAAAUGACAUCCUGCUGGAUUCCCGCUGUGACUACAGCUGUGCCAGUGGCUACCACUUGGAAGGUGACCGCAGCCGGAUCUGCAUGGAGGAUGGGCGGUGGAGUGGAGGCGAGCCUGUAUGUGUAGAUAUAGAUCCUCCCAAGAUCCGCUGUCCCCACUCCCGUGAGAAGAUGGCUGAACCAGAGAAGCUGACUGCCAGGGUAUACUGGGACCCACCUGUGGUGAAAGACUCUGCAGAUGGCACCAUCACCAGGGUGACCCUGCGAGGACCUGAGCCAGGCUCUCGGUUUCCGGAAGGAGAACACGUAAUUCGGUACACUGCCUAUGACCAGGCCUACAAUCGGGCUAGCUGCAAGUUCAUCGUCAAGGUGCAAGUGAGACGCUGCCCUACUUUGAAACCACCUCAGCAUGGCUACCUUACCUGUACCUCAGCAGGGGACAAUUAUGGGGCCAUAUGCGAGUAUCAAUGUGAUGGGGGCUACGAACGCCAGGGGACGCCCUCCCGAGUCUGCCAGUCUAGCCGACAGUGGUCAGGAUCCCAGCCCAUCUGUACCCCCAUGAAGAUUAACGUCAAUGUCAACUCAGCUGCAGCUCUCCUAGAUCAGUUCUAUGAGAAACGGCGGCUUCUCAUCGUCUCCUCUCCUGACCCUUCCAAUCGAUACUACAAAAUGCAGAUCUCUAUGUUACAGCAAUCCACCUGCGGGCUGGAUCUUCGCCAUGUGACCAUCAUUGAGCUGGUGGGGCAGCCUCCUCAGGAGGUGGGACGCAUCCGGGAGCAGCAGCUGUCGGCCAGCAUCAUAGAGGAGCUCAGGCAAUUUCAGCACCUCACCAGGUCCUACUUCAACAUGGUGCUAAUUGACAAGCUGGGUGUGGACCGGGAGCGGUACAUGGAACCAGUUACCCCUGAAGAAAUCUUCACCUUUAUUGAUGACUACCUUCUGAGCAACCAGGAGCUGGACCAGCGACGGAAGCAGCGAGAUGUAUGUGAAUGAACCUGAGCCAGGGCACAGGUCAUGCGUGAGGCACCCUGGCUCAAGAACUCUGGACCCCAGAAAAGAAAGAGAUAUGGAGCUUAUUCCAUUUGGGUGAAAUGGGAGCCAUUAUAACAGAAGUCCUAAGAACAGGGCAGGGAGCUGGUCACCAACUUAUCUAAAACCAUUCAACACCCCCAGGGAGGUUUUCAGGGAUCUGGGGUUGGGAGGGGUUAUUUAGUCCCAACAGGCUCAGCAGUGGCAGUCUUUUGGGCAGCACUGGCAUAGAGGGAA